CGGUGUUAAAGUAUUUAGUAAUGAUUGUUUGCUUUAUCAUGUUACUACCUUGCGUUUGUGGUUUUGAAGACGCGCACAAUGCGAAGAAGCAGGAGCGCUGGAUGUUGAAAGCUCUGGGUCUAUUCAGUCGACCAAAACCGGGGCGUCGGCCCCCUGUUCCUGCUGUCUUCUGGGAUAUCUUCAAGAGGAAUAAGAAACAAGAAAGUCAUCCGCUUGAGGCCGAUCCCUGCGCCAUCACCGAGUUCGGGGUCCGAGGCAACAUCGUGCGGCUCGUUCAAGACCAAGGGAGGUUCGUGUCAGCAUCAAGUGGUCGGUGUCCAAAAUGCGUACAGAAACAAUUGUUUUUUAACUUAUCUGCAGUGGAGAAGAUCGAGCAAGUGACGCUGGCACGUUUGGACAUAAAAUUCCACCGAGUUCAAUACCAUUUCCCACAGAAGGGCUUGGACGCCUUCAGUUUGUCCCUUUACAUGAAUUUAAAGACUUCACUGAAGGGGGUGAGUCACACAUACAGCCGCAAGCUCCUGCUCUCACAGUCCAUGCGGCUCCAUCCUGGUGCGAUGCAACUUAACAUGACUAAUAUUGUUGAGAUCUGGAGGAAACGCGGGCGAAAUCAUGGUCUUGUGCUCACAAUAAACCCCAGUGCUGUAGCCUAUGGUGCGAGUGGUGUAGAUGCAGCGCAAUACCUCAGCCACGUGGCAGUGUUCCAAGGCUUCCACGCGUCCUUGUUAGUGGUCUCCUUGAACCCGAUCCAAUGCAAACGCCGCGCCAAAAGAAAUGCAUAUUACUCGCCAGUGUCUCUCACCACCAUCUGCAAACCAAGGAAACUGUACAUCAGCUUCAAGGAUGUUGGCUGGGAAGACUGGAUAAUUGCACCUCAUGGAUACAUGGCCAACUACUGUCACGGAGAGUGUCCUUUUCCUCUUAGUGAAAGUUUAAACGGGACCAAUCACGCUAUAUUGCAAACACUGGUGCACUCCUUCCAUCCCGAGGGCACUCCUCAGCCUUGCUGCGUCCCAGUUAAACUGUCCCCCAUAUCUAUGCUUUACUAUGACAACAGUGACAACGUGGUGCUGAGACACUAUGAGGAUAUGAUAGUUGAUGAAUGUGGAUGUAGAUGA